GACACUUGUCAGAACAGCAGUGAAAACAAAGCAUACACCAAAGUGAAGUUCUGUGUUUCGCUAUAAAUAAUAUCGGAAAGAAAAAUGGGUUCGCCUGAUUUACCAAAUGAAGAAAAUAAUAUUUCAAGACCAGCUGCGUCUAGUCUACCAAUGCACGGAAAUACCACGGCCAGUGAUGAUAGUGACAUGGAAAUUAUUGACGCUGGAUAUGUUGGCUAUCAACCACUAUCAUUGGACGAAGAAACAAUGGAAUACCGAAACGAAGGCAAUGAACACGAAAAUGAUGACGAUGGAGAUGAUGACUUCGAUUACUCGGCGUUCAAUGCACCAACACAAGCACCUGAAACAGGCAUUGUCGUUCCAUCGAUAGACGCUGAAGUUGAACGGGAAGUUUGGAGUGCACCGAGACCAGAAUCAACUAAUAUCGUUCUUGAUUCAACACGAACUGAACAGAUAAUGUCAGCAAUGGCCAACUUUACACUACCUACUUCAAAUAUUCCGACGUGGGCACGAAACGCUCAAGGUGAUUUAGAUGAAAAAUGGAAAGACGAUCUGCUGCAGAAGAUUCGACAGCGACAAAAUCCAAAUAAUCCAUGAAUGUGAUUUAAUUUUCUAAAUUGUAACCAUUCGAAUUAUUUAAAUUGAUUGAUUCCAGGUAUUAGAUUAAUUUUACACGAUAAAUUGCACAUUUCUGAUUAUGUACAUGUUCCCAUUAAAUCCCUUUUGAAUUUGAAACGUCUUAUUUUAACGGGAUUUUGAUUUAGUUGUGACAAAUUUGAUACCUUUCAGAGUGCUAGUCUCAUAGUGAGAAAGAGAAAGAGAAACUCUCACUUUUACCUUGCCUCAAAAUAGUCGAUUCGAUAUACUUUACCUUUUCCAUGCAAGCAGCCACGGUUCAUCAACCGGAAUUGUGUCAUUGUUUCGUUGUCUUAAAAUGGAGAUGAUAAGUGUAGCUCAACACUUAUUCAAUCAAGGAAACAAAUCAAGAAAACCAAUAGCUAAACAAAUGAAAAAAUGAUUGAACCAACAAAUUGAAGCGAAUUUUAAUCAAAAAGCGUCAAUAUUUAUUUUGCAUAGAAGAUUUUCUUUCAAAGUAGCCAAUUUGUAUAUAUUCAAACACUAAAAUUGUUUAUUUUUUUCACCGAUGUGUUAUAAUCUAUUGCCUUUGGCCCUCAAUAAAUAAGUGACAAACUUUAACUUACGACUAAUUUCAUUGAUUAUACAAUAUUUUUCGAUUGCUUCUUGUUAUUAUAUGACUUUUGAAUUAAACAUUGGAUUUUUUUUUAACUGAAAAUAUUUUUGAAUUUCUCUAUGUCUAUGUCAUGUAAUACUUUUUAGUAUUUUAAAUAAACAAUACUUGAUUAGGGA